GCGACAGGGAAGUGAGCGAGUGGAAACGAAGCCGGGAUUGAGGUGGUUAAUACCAGAGUGGGGAUGUACACAAGAUGAACGUAAACCAGCAGCCACACCCUGCCACUUCUUACAUGCAACCCCAGCAAGGUUACCAACAACCUAUUUAUGCAGCUCAGCAAAUGCCUGGACUCCCUCAGUAUCCUGGCUACAAUGGAUCUUUGCAAGGAUAUUCACAACAUGACCCUACACAAGGUCUCAUGGGACCACCACCAGUAUCGACUGCACCUACACCUACAAUAGCAGGUUCGUCUCUUCCAGCUGAACAGCAGCUGUACAGUCAAUAUGGCCAGGGAGAUGCACACAAUGGGCCAACAUCAGUAGCCAAUCAGAUGCAAAGACCUCCAAUGCGAUAUAUGCAACCAGGUACAGGACCACAAGCAACUAGUUAUCAGCCAUAUACUCCAUCGACUGCUAGUACACAGCAACUGACCAAUCAAAUUAUGGGAAUGCACAUCGGUAAUGCGGCAGCGGCACCAACAUCAACAGCAAUGGGUUAUGGCGUUCAGAAUCCUCUUCAGCCCAGUUCAGGAAGCUUUCCUACUGCCGGAUCUGGAUUUCAACAUUCAUAUUCCAGUAGCCAAGGUCCUUCUCCAAUAAAUUUGACACAAGGAAUGCCCCCUACAAGUCUGCCUCAGAGUCAGCCAACACAGCAGCGUUUUGCCAGUGGGCCUCCUCCACAGAACCUUCCUUCUUCACAAGCUCCAGGUUUUCCCCCUCCACCCUCAGCUGUUCAAGUACCAACUUAUGUUUCUUCUUCUGGAGGUCCUCAACAACCAUUUACACAGGGUCCACCUUUGCCCGGGCAGGCUCUACCUGCACCCCCAUUACCUCAUCCAAAUCACGCGUCCCCUAACCAAGCUCAACCACCAAUGCCUGGAGUUCCACUAAUAUCUACAAUGAGUGGUCCUCAGGGUCCACCCCCUCAUAUGCCAUCCAGUCAGGAUGGAUUUCCUCCUCAGCAGAACGGUUCAUUUGGGCAGAUCAAGGGUCCUCAGCCAGGAUACCCUGCGACAUACCCACGUGCUCCAAACUACGGCACCCAACCUGGACUUCAAGGUCCUCCUGCACCACCGCCCCCUGCACAAAAAAGGCUGGACCCGGAUUCCAUUCCCAGUCCUAUCCAGGUCAUAGAAGAUGACAAAAACAGGGGCUCUGAGCCUUUUAUUACUGGGCCAAGAGGUCAAGUUCCACCACUUGUAACUACAAAUGUCUUAGUCAAAGAUCAAGGGAAUGCAAGUCCUCGCUAUAUCAGAUGUACUUCCUACAACUUUCCUGCUAGUUCGGACAUGGCAAAACAGUCCCAGGUACCUCUGGCUGCCGUUUUUAAACCUCUGGCAACUCUUCCAGGGGAUGAGUUGCCUCCUUGUAUAGUUGAUCAUGUAGAGACUGGUCCGAUUCGGUGUAAUAGAUGCAAGGCUUACAUGUGCCCCUUUAUGCAGUUCAUCGAAGGUGGGAGGAGGUUUCAGUGCUGCUUCUGCAGUUGUGUUACUGAAGUACCAACACAUUACUUCCAGCACUUGGAUCACACAGGCAGGAGGGUAGACUGUUAUGAGAGGCCAGAACUAUCUAUGGGUUCUUAUGAGUUUACAGCAACUGUUGACUACUGUAAGAAUAACAAGAUACCCAAUCCUCCUGCGUUCAUCUUUAUGAUUGAUGUGUCCUACAAUGCUGUAAAGAGUGGCUUAGUAGCAUUGGUUUGUGAAGAACUAAAGCAACUUGUGGAUUACUUACCACGGGAAAGCAACAUGGAAGAAUCGGUUAUCCGGGUGGGUUUUGUGACCUACAAUAAAGUCCUCCACUUUUAUAAUGUGAAAAGCUCUCUGGCUCAGCCACAAAUGAUGGUUGUGUCCGAUGUAUCCGAUAUGUUUGUUCCUCUGCUGGAUGGUUUUCUUGUGAACGUGAAUGAAUCUAGAACAGUUAUCACCAGCUUGUUAGAUCAGAUUCCUGAAUUAUUUGCUGACACACGAGAAACAGAGACUGUGUUUGCUCCUGUUAUUCAAGCUGGUUUAGAAGCACUGAAGGCAGCAGAUUGUGCUGGAAAGCUGUUCAUUUUUCAUACAACACUGCCUAUUGCUGAAGCCCCUGGUAAACUUAAGAACAGAGAUGAUAAAAAGCUGGUCAACACAGACAAAGAAAAGAUAUUGUUCCAACCUCAAACAAAUUUCUACAACAACUUAUCCAAGGAUUGUGUUGCCCAGGGCUGUUGUGUAGACUUGUUCCUGUUUCCCAAUCAAUUUGUGGACGUAGCCACCCUUGGUGUGGUCCCAUUCCAAACUGGUGGUUCUGUUUACAAGUACACUUCCUUCCAGCCGGAAACCGAUAAAGAACAAUUUUUAAAUGACCUACGAAGGGAUGUACAGAAAGAAGUUGGAUUUGAUGCAGUUAUGAGAGUCAGAACUAGUACUGGCAUCCGGGCCACAGACUUCUUUGGUGCUUUUUAUAUGAGCAACACCACUGAUGUGGAAUUAGCUGGACUGGAUUGUGAUAAAACAAUAACAGUGGAAUUUAAACAUGAUGAUAAAUUGAAUGAAGACACUGGUGCCCUUCUUCAGUGUGCUGUACUGUACACAAGCUGUGGGGGGCAGCGUAGGCUUCGUGUUCACAACAUGGCUCUGAAUUGCUGUAACCAAUUAGCUGAUCUUUACCGUAACUGCGAAACCGACACCCUUAUCAACUACUUUGCGAAGUUGGCUUAUCGAGGAGUCCUUAGCAACCCAACAAAGACUGUAAGGGACACCCUGAUCAAUCAAUGUGCUCAGAUCUUAUCCUGCUAUCGCAAAAACUGCGCAAGUCCGUCAUCUGCUGGGCAGCUUAUACUCCCAGAAUGCAUGAAACUACUUCCUGUUUACCUAAACUGUUUGCUCAAAAGUGAUGUGCUGCAACCAGGGACUGAGAUGACCACCGAUGAUCGGGCUUAUAUCCGUCAGCUUGUUUCUGCCAUGGAUGUUGCAGAUUCGCAUGUCUUUUUUUAUCCUCGACUGCUGCCCUUAUCAAAAAUGGACCCUUCCAAUGAUGGCUUACCUUUAGCUAUCCGUUCAUCAGAGGAGCGUCUUUCUAAGGGUGAAGUGUAUCUCCUAGAGAAUGGUCUGAACUUGUUUGUAUGGGUUGGGGCAAAUCUACAACAGUCAUAUAUCCAGAACCUUUUUGGUGUAUCUUCCUUCAGUCAAAUAGACUGUAGCAUGAAUGCGCUGCCAGUGUUAGAUAACCCAGUUUCAAAUAAAAUACGGGGUAUCAUAACAAUGUUCAGAGCACAGAGGCCACGUUAUAUGAAGCUUAUUAUUGUGAAACAGGAUGACAAGAUGGAGAUGCUCUUCAAAAACUUGUUGGUAGAAGACAAGAACCUGAAUGGAGGUGCUUCAUAUGUAGACUUCCUAUGCCACAUGCACAAAGAAAUCAGACAACUUCUAAGUUAAAAAAAGCAACCAGCAGUGUGCUCAUAGACAUAUGAUGUUUCACUAACCACCUUGGUCUGUUAACUUUGCUACUACAACCAGGACAGCAGCAGCAGCUUAUUUUUUCCUCUUCAACUUUCCUCAAAAUCAAUAAACCUCCUGUAAAAAGGCAAUUUCAGAAAGAAGCGGAAGGUUAAAUACAAAGUAACAAAAGGCCAGAGGGAGUAUUUAAGGAGGUUGUGAAAGUACCUAGAAAAGGAGCCCAAACACCAAAAUUCCUUGGUAGUACUGUCAGAAUGAAUGUAGUGUAUCAACUUGGAUUAAAUAAUUGUUAAAAUACACUGGUAAUUGCCUAAAUAGCUUUGUCUGCCUUUCCCAAAUGAUUGAUGGAUAAAUGUAUAAAGAAAUUGUCAGUAUCAUGUGAUGACAUAAUUUUUGAAGUUGUGCCUGGCAAUAAGAAAUGUAACCCUCCCCACCCUUAGACCCAUGUUUUUUUUUUUAUUCAGCUUGUCACCGUUUGAGAACGGCUAAUGAAAAUGGCCAUACUAUUAAAGCUGUGCAAAGAAAGCAUCAUCCUGGGCGCUGAAGGUGUAACUAAGCUAAAAAUAUUUGUUCAUAUACAAAAUGAUAUACCCCUUUUAAAGAUGGCACCUAGCAACACUUUAUUUUUCUAUAAAAAAUUAAAUCAUCCAUAUUUAAUUUU